AUGCACCGGGUCCACGACUGGGCUGUGGAGCAUCAGCGGGGCAUCGGGCGCGGCGGCGCGACGCUCGCGUUCACCGUGCCGUUUCUGCGCACCUUUUAUUGCAUCACCGACCCGGCGGUGUUGGAGUGGGUGCUCAAGACGCGGAUGACUAAUUUCGUGAAGGGCGAGGUGGUCAGGACCAACAUGGGACCACUGCUGGGAAGCGGCAUCUUUGCUGUUGACGGCGAGGAGUGGCGCUGGCAGCGCAAGCUGGCGGCGCGGAUAUUCUCCGUCAGCAGGUGCGCGGAGGCAUGA